UCUCUGAAUCAUGUCAGCAUCCUCUGAGACGACUGCGGCUGCUGGGCCUUCUUCACCUUCUUCAGCAGUGACGACGAGCGCCACGACGUGACGACGAGCGCCACGACGUCCACCGCGCACAGGCAGCCACCCGUCGACGACAGCGGCACCUACUGCGUGACUCUGCCCGAGGACGUCCAGCUGAGCGGCAAGGCACAUGUCAAGCCAAGCGGCGGUCAGCAGGUUGCGCUCGUCCUCACCAGCCGGUCCCUCGAGUGGAUGCCCUUCGCCUCCUCCGACGCAGACACUCAUGGAUGCAUUCUGCUGUACGACGUGCUGCAAGUGCGCGUGCUGCCUGCCGGCGCGGUCAAAAAGCCAGCCAGCGUCAACAAGAGCCAGCCAGCCACCUACGCCAGCGUCAGGACUGCGAUGGAGGUCACGCUGCUGCCUCGCUCAAAGCCAAAGGACAAGACAAGCAAGCGCGUCAUGCGGCGCCAAGUCCUGUUCUUUGACAGGCAGGAGGAGGCGACCGAGUGGCGCGACGCUAUUCACUCGGUGAUGCAUGGCGAGCGUAUUGGCGUGGUGCCGGUUCCGCGAAGACUCCUCGUCGUUGUCAAUCCCGUGGGCGGCACAAAGAUUGCAGUGCCAACGUUCGAAAAGCAGGUUCGUCCACUGCUCGAACUGGCUGGGAUCUCAUUCCAGGUUAUUCUCACGACGCACCAAAAUCACGCAAUGGAAAUCGCCAGAGACCUCGCUUUGGACAAGUUUGACGCGAUCGUGACUGUCAGCGGCGAUGGCUUGUUGCACGAAAUGGUGAACGGCCUGUUUUCGCGGCCAGACUGGCCAGAGGCCGCCAAAUUGCCCGUCGGCAUCAUCCCUUGCGGAAGCGGCAAUGGACUUGCCAAAUCCCUCGAAAUCCGAGACAUCCCAUCCGCGACUCUUGCUGCCAUCAAGGGCCACACUCGUCCGCUCGACGUGAUGGCUUGCCACCAGCCGGGCAUUGGACUGCGCUAUGCCUUCUUGGGCAUCUACUGGGGCUUAAUUGCAGACGUUGAUAUCGAGUCUGAAAAGUACCGAUGGGCUGGAGCAGCUCGAUUCACCGCCGCCUUCAUUGGUCGCGUGCUGAGCAUGCGUCGCUAUGCUGGCAAAAUCACCUACUUGCCAGCAAACCCGCACGACGAGUUUGACCCUCACGCCGUGCUGACCAAUCCUCCUUCGGCGGCCAGCUCGGCAAACAAGACUUCUGACCGCCGACAAUCCGAGGCCGAUGCCGCGUUCAGUGCAACGGCGACGGCAGCGGCGCCGACUGCAGCCCACAUUGGGCCUCCGAUCAAGUUCUUGCACGCGGACGCCAACGGAUCGGCCCACCCCGUGCACGGCGAGGACUGGCGCGUGAUUGAGGGUGAAUUCGUCAUGGUUCUGGGGUUGAACGUGUCGUGGAUUGACCAGACCACGCACAUUGCACCCUACGCCCACCACCACGACGGUUUUAUCGAUCUCAUGUACAUUACGGCGCCGUGCUCCAAACUGAAGCUCCUCACCAUGUUUGCCGACAUUGAGAGUGGCAAGCACGUCGACAACGAGCUGGUCAAGUAUGUCAAGUGCCGCGCCUUCACGCUCGAGCCCAACGGCCGUGGCAUUGUGGAUGUCGACGGCGAGCAGGUCGCCACCGCCAACAUUGCCGUCGAGUGUCAUGGCGCGUUGUUGAAUGUGCUCUGUCCGCCCGACCUCGAUCGGCCGCAUCUCAAAAACUUUCCCGUCUACCACUCGCAGACUGGGCAUCUGCACCAAACCGUGCCUGCACUGCCAGCUCAAGCGUCGUCGUCGUCAUCGUCGUCGUCGUCUGGCCCUCGCGCGUGA